AUAGAAAAGAAAGGGUCGUAUGAAUGGGAUGCUGAGUGUCAGAUUCACAGUCUCUCUCGCCUCUAACUAACUGAAUUCAUUACUCUGACUCUUUCAUAGUUGUCUUAUCAUUCCUUCAUUCUCUCUCUCAGAACUCAGAAGGAAUUAGGAAAAAUGAGUUGGAUGUCGGUGGAUGAGUUCCUGGUGCAGUGCAAGAAGUCAGGAGACGCUGCCUACGCCUCCUUGCGGUCGCUGCUGGAGCGCCUAGACAAUCCCGAGACCCGUUCUCAGGCUCGGAUCUUUCUUUCCCACCUUCAGAAGCGUUUCCCCACCAAGGACUCCUGCGAGCGUAUUGCCUUUACCCAUUAUUGUCUCGCUAAUGCAUUGCAUUGCAGGACAUCACGGGAGAAACAAAUUGACUAUGAUGGUCAUUCCAAGCAUUUUUCUCCCCGAAGACUGGUCCUUCACUUUUGACGAAGGCAUUAAUAGACAUCCAGACUCCAUUUUCAAGGAGAGGACUGUUGCCGAGUUAGGUUGCGGAAAUGGAUGGAUUUCCAUUGCCAUUGCCGAGAAGUGGUUACCAUACAAGGUUUAUGGCCUUGAUAUCAAUCCUAGAGCGGUGAAGGUUUCCUGGAUAAACUUAUACUUGAAUGCUUUAGAUGAAAAUGGCCACCUAAUCUAUGACGUGGAGAAUAAAACUUUGCUGGAUAGGGUAGAGUUCCAUGAAUCUGAUCUUCUAUCCUAUUGCAGGGAAAAAGACAUUCAACUUGAAAGAAUUGUUGGAUGCUUACCUCAGGUAAUUCCACAACGCAUAGUUGUUUGCCUUUCAUUGAGAUAGAAAAAAAGUGCACCAGUGUUUGUCUUGGUUCGGUCAUCAAUCACUUUGUAACCGAUGUCCAGUCCGUAAGCUAAAGUCCAAGAUUUAUCCAUUAAUAACCAUAGUUGUACAAUAUUAAGCAAUUACAAAGCCAGUGUAGUCAUCUCACCCUGAAAAUCCACAGCACAAUAAGGAUUUCUUAAUUCUUACCCUUGCAGAAAAUCAAAGUAAAAGGAGAUAUAUGAACACUCAAUAGUGAAAAUGCAAGUUGAAGUCCUAAGAAUCUCUCAAUAAUGGACAAGAAAAGCUCAAAGAUGCAUCUUUGUGUGGUUUUAGAUGAUUCUCAGUGUAUUUCUUUUCCUUUCUGAAACCCCAAGGUUUGAUUUUAAACGCCCAAGAUAUAUUAGGUAAUAUCUAAUAGAAAUACUAAUUGAAUAAAUGUGUUUCAAAAGUUAGAAUUUGAAACGCUUUUUCACUUAAGUUGUGCUUUAUAUAAUUGAUUGUUUAUAAUACAGAAUCACCAAAAUGUUUCAUCCUGAAGAAAAAUCGAUUAUUUGAUUCAAAACACACUUAUUUAUAAAAGUAAAAUUUUACAUUGAAACAAUUUUAAUUAGUUAUCUAGGUUUUCAAAAAUAAAGAGAAAAUCAUUUAAAGAGAUCAAAAAAGUAGUUUUGUCCACCCGCUCUCCCACUCUUUGUCUCUCUCUCUCCCCCUACUCAUUCCCUCUGUUUUUCUUUUUUUUGCAACAAACUUAAAAUGCCUUAACAGCUUCUUAAGUAAAAAUGUUUUUCUUUUACUCCUGUUUUCUUAAGCAUUUCAUUGCCAUUUUUAACAAUAGUAGUGCGGCCAAUCAAGUGAAUAAAAUAUCAAUCUAGUUCGCUUAUUAAUGUUAUACCUAAGUAUUUUAAAUCAGACCCUAACUAACUAACCAUUGGUUACCUAUCAAUCUAUCCAGUUUCUUUCACUUCCUUUGACUCUUAAUAAAAACCAAAAUCUUAGGACAUAACAUAAAUAAAUGAGCAAGAUUUCUUUAGAUUGUUGUAAAAAAGCUCAAGUCGGUGUGCCAAAGGCUUUAAAUUAUGCAUUGCCAUCAUUAGUUGGGUUGCUCUCCCAACUCACUACCACAGUCACAUUGGGUAAGGAUGAACGGAACUAAUUGAGUACGGAAACAAGAACAGAAAACAGAAAUGAGAAAGAAAAUCCUUAAAAGAGAUAAAAAAAGUAGUUUUGUCCACCAAUGAUGACUGCAACAUGUCAAGGAAUUGCUAUAUUUUGUUUGGUAAAGAUGACUCCCCCACUCCUAGACCUUA